AUGACUAUUAGUGUCAACCAGAUAUACAAAGUUGCUUUCCCCUCGAGCGAAGAGGCUCUUCAGAUCUUGUCAUAUUCAGCGUUUGGGCAAAGAACUCCACCAAGAGGUUACUUGAAGCAAGCUGUUGAAGUGGCUAAGCUCGUUGCUCCUUUGCCAUUUGGUCUCAAGGUCUUAGGCUCUGCUUUACGUGGGAAGAGCCAAGAGGAGUGGGAAACGGCACCGGCUAAACUUGAUACUUGUCUUGCCGACAAGGACGAUGUCCGUAGGAACUUUCUAAGCCACCUUCAAAAGGAGCUACAACUUAGGGGAAUCAAUGCAUUCAAAGAUGAUGGAAUCAAGAGAAGCCGAUCCAUAUGGCCUGAACUCAGAAACGCUAUCUGGGAAUCAAGGGUUUCUAUAGUCGUUCUCUCGAGAAACUACGCUGGUUCAAGCUGGUGCUUGGACGAGUUGCUAGAGAUCAUGGAUCGCAGAGAAGCCACGGGACAUAAAUUGCUGACGAUUUUCUAUGAAGUGGAUCCAUCUGAUGUUAGGAAACAGAAAGGAGCUUUUGGAAAGGCCUUUGAGAAAACUUGCUUCGGAAGAACAGUUCAAGAAAGGCAGAGAUGGGAGCGAGCUUUAAUCAGUAUUGCCAAUGUCUCUGGCUAUUCGUCUAAAGAAUGGAACAAUGAAGCAAGUAUGAUUGAAAAAAUUGUUGCGGAUGUUUCGGAAGACCUGAAUUGCUGCACUCCUUCAAAGGAUUUCGACGAUUUAGUUGGAUUGGAAGCUCAUGUUGAGAAGUUGAAAUCGAUGUUAUGUGUACUGUCUAAUGAAGUGAGGAUGAUUGGGAUUUGGGGUCCUAUUGGAAUUGGUAAGACCACCAUCGCCAGAGCUUUAUACAAUCAGCUUUCUUCUGAUGAUGAUUUUCAACUGAAUAUUUUCAUGGAGAAUGUUAAAGGAAGGUAUAAGAGAAACGAAUUUGAUGGUUAUAGAUUGAAGUUGCAUUUACAAGAACGGUUUCUCUCUGAUAUAUUCAACCAGAGGAAUAUAAAGAUAAGCCAUUUAGGUGUAGCACAAGAAAUGCUAAAGAACCAGAAAGCUCUUAUUGUUCUCGAUGAUGUAGAUGAAUUAGAACAACUACAUGCCUUGGCAGAUCAAACUCAAUGGUUUGGUAAUGGAACCAGGAUUAUUGUGAUUACAGAAGAUAGACAGCUAUUGAAAGCUCAUGGGAUUAAUCAUGUCUAUGAAGUGGGUUUUCCAUCUAAAGGUGAAGCCUUUCAAAUCUUAUGUCGAUCUGCUUUUGGACAAAACUCGGCACCAGAAGGCUACUAUGAUCUAGCUGUUGAAGUUGCAAAACUUGCUGGAGAUCUUCCUUUAGGCCUCAGCAUCUUAGGCGCAUCUUUGCGAGGAAUGAGCGAGGAGGAGUGGAUAAACACGCUACCGCGACUUAAAAAUACUCUAAAUGGGAAAAUAGAAAACCUAUUCGGAGUAUGCUAUGAUGGGUUAGAUGAGAAAGAUAAGGUUCUCUUUCUUCAUAUUGCGUGCUUGUUCAAUGGCGAGAAUGUUAAUCGUGUGAAACAAUUGCUAGCGAGGAGUGCCUUGGAUGCAGAAUUUGGACUUAAAGUCCUUGUUGACAGAUCUCUUAUACAUGUUUGUGCUGAUGGAUAUAUAGUAAUGCAUUGUUUGCUACAACAAAUGGGUAAAGAAAUUACUCGGGGACAGUGUCUUCACGAGCCCGGGAAACGUAAAUUUCUAGUUGAUGCUUUGGAGAUUUCAGAUGUACUUACGGACGAAACUGGUACACCAACUGUUUUAGGAAUAUCAUUAGAUAUUUCUGAAAUCGACCAUCAACUGUAUAUAAGUGAAAAAGCCUUUGAGAAAAUGCCUAAUCUCCAAUUCUUGAGGCUAUACAAGAAUUUGCGAGAUGAAGCAGUCAAGUUGUACUUACCUCAUGGCUUGGACUAUCUACCACGUAAGCUUAGAUUACUACAUUGGGAUUUGUAUCCGUUUAAAUGUAUGCCCUCCAAGUUUCGUCCCGAAUUUCUUGUCGAACUUACUAUGCGAGAUAGCAAGCUUGAGAAGCUUUGGGAAGGUAUUCAGCCACUGACAAGUCUCAAGUAUAUGGAUUUGAGCGCAUCCACAAACAUUCAAGAUAUUCCAAACCUCUCAAGAGCAACAAAUCUGGAGAAGUUGUAUCUUAAGUUCUGCAAAAAUUUGGUCACAGUUCCUUCUUCUUCUCUACAAAAUCUUAACAGGCUCAAAGUCUUGGACAUGUCUUCUUGCAUAAAACUGAAGACUCUUCCAACCAACAUCAACUUGGAAUCCCUCAGUGUCCUAAAUCUGAGAGGAUGCUCAAAAUUGAAGAGUUUUCCAUUCAUUUCAUCGCAGAUUCAAUUCAUGUCUCUUGGGGAAACUGCGAUAGAGAGUGUGCCUUCACUAAUCAAGUUAUGUUCACGUCUUGUUUCUUUGGAAAUGGCAGGCUGCAAAAACCUUAAAACAUUACCACAUUUCCCUGCAAGUGUGGAGAUCUUAGACUUAUCCGAGACAGGAGUCGAGGUAAUACAUAUUGAGCAUUUGCAUAUCCCGUAUGUUUGUGUAAUUGGAAACCGUUGUUAUAAAAAUCCUAUAUGGGGUUGA